AUGGAGUACGAUGCUGAGAAAGGCCACGGCGCGCCUGAUUAUGCCACCGACACCAAGGCCACUUUGAACGUGAGCAGUUCCAAUGACGACUCGUCUCCGUCAGAAAUGCGCAAUAGCGACGGCAUUUUCGCCAGUCUCAGUGCUUUCGAACGGCGCAUGGACAAGAAGUUUGGCAUGGAGUCGGAAGCCAUUGUUCGCAAACGUCCUGAGGAUAAGCGACCCGUACACUGGCGAGAAGAGUUGUCAAUGGCUCUGCUCUGGGCCAGUGGCACAAUGAACAUUUCGUGUUUUGCAACUGGUUUCCUCGGUUGGGAGUUUGGCCUUAGUCUCAAGCAAUCCAUCGUCAUCACAAUCUUUGCGUCGAUCCUGGGAGGUGCCUUGACCGCGUACUGUGCCACUUUUGGAGCUGCGACCGGUCUUCGCCAAAUCAGUGUCAGCCGUUUCAGUUUCGGAUGGUGGCCGAACAAGCUUGUUGCCAUACUCAACGGUAUCCAGCAACUGGGUUGGGCCGCUGUUGCGUGCAUUACUGGUGGUCUCGCCUUGACUGCCGUCUCUGACGGUCACGUGUCGUUGGUGCUCGGUAUCAUCAUCCUCGCUGUCGUCGCCUUGAUCAUAUCCUGUUUCGGUUUGAAGUUCAUUUUGAUCUAUGAGCGCUACGCAUGGAUCAUUUUCUUCAUCAUCUUCCUCAUCAUCUUCGGCGAAACCGGCAAGUACGCUGACAACACAUCUCCAGCCUCCGUCACGGGAGCGAAUCUGUCUGCAUCUGUCCUGAGUUUACUGGCUAUUGUCUACGGCUCAAGCGCUUCUUGGUCCACCAUGGCUAGUGACUACUACGUUCACUAUCCCGUAAACGUCAGCCGCGUCAAGGUGUUCCUCAUGACUACUUUCGGCAUUGGUAUUCCGACAUCCAUCGGCAUGGUGGCUGGAUGUGUUGUUGCUUCUGCAUUGAACAACCGACCAGACUGGAGCGAUUCCUACGAUGAGGGAAUCGGGUACCUUGUUCAGGACAUGCUCUAUCCCCGUGGCUUCGCCAAGUUCCUGCUUACCGUUCUCGUCUUAUCUGGUAUCAAUGUCAACAUCAUCAGUCUCUACAGUGCCGGUAUCUCAUUCCAACAAGUCUCGAGACCCUUUGCAGCAAUUCCUCGUUUCAUCUGGACACUCUUAUGCUUCGCAGCUAUUCUGGGUCUUGCGCUCGGUGGCCGUCAACAACUAAAUACCUAUCUACAAGACUUCCUCAGUCUUCUUGGCUACUGGUGCACAAGCUACACGAUUAUUCUAUUCGAGGAACACGUUUUCUUCCGCAAGGGCAAUUUCGACAAUUACGAUCUUGAAGGAUGGAAUGACCCGUCCAGACUUCCCCAUGGUAUCGGUGCAGCCGUUGCAUUCCUACUUGGUGUGGUUGCCUGGUGCAUGGGUAUGGAUGAAACGUGGUUUGUAGGACCUCUAGCGAAGCUCGUCGGUGACGCUGGCGGUGAUGUUGCCAAUGAAUUCACAUUUGUGGUGACCGCUUUGUCGUAUCUGCCGGCUCGUUAUCUCGAGCUGAAGUAUUUCGGCCGUUGA